AUGAGCAAAGCACAGGCGCGAGGAGGCUUCUUCGAUGACGACGACGACGACCUCCCCGAGUCGUACCAGUCGACCACCGCCGCCGUCGCAGGAGGAGACGACUCGCUCGACUUUGGACGCGACCUCUCGCCGCUCGGCGGGCCUGCGCCGGUCAGGGAGGACAGAGGGAGCUCGGUGGGCACUGGGAGCAGGACGGCGGGCCGCGUGUCGAGCGUGACGGGUGCGGCGGCGGGCAGUUCGGUGCGAGGGUGGGAGAGUUCGAGAGGGGACAGCCCGUCUCUCGAGGAUAUCCUGGGUGAGGGCAGCGGCAGGGACAAGGCCAGGAACGUGCAGCGGCUACUGCGGGCGUGGCAGAACGAGAUGGGCGCACCGGAACUCCUCCGCUUUCCGAGCGAGCUCGUCGAGAAGGUGGUCAAGGACCUCGCGCGGCGGCGCGAGCUCGUUCGGAAGGCGCAGUCCACGGCGGGCCAGGACGAAUCCUUCUACACGGCAGCGAGCAUCGUCGCAGUGGAGAACAUGCGGGUCGCGCACGCCCUCAAGAUGUACACACGCGAACGGAUAUGGAAGCUCGAACAGUGCGCCGAGUACUACCUUUCGCAGCCGGACGCGCAUGAGCGGCUAUACGCGAACGAGAUUGCGCAUGCUCAGGGCUACGUCCGCCUCGUCAAGGCAUACCAAGACGCGUCAGCGAUGGACGCCAUGCCCGAGCAGGUCACUCGACAACCUCCGCCGAUGCCAACACCCGACUUUUCGAAACCCGUCUUCCUCCGAGCGCGAAAAGACUGUCCGCCCGUCGUCCUCCCCGACGGCGAAGUCAUCACCUUCAUGUCCGGCUCGCAGCACAUGUGCCGCUACAGCACCGUCCGCGCCCUUCUCGAAGCAGGCGACGUCGAGCUCAUUUGA